AUGAAUGGCACCGCUACACCCCCUCCCACCCUAGAACGCAGGCAGGGUAGGAUUAAGCGGUCCAGUGUGUUCAUGCCAUGGGACUGUGAGAUGAAUGCACUGGAUGGUGUGAAUGGGCCCUCAUUGAGGUGUCACAGCUUCUCCUUCUUCUGCAGGAGAGAGAGGUCAGCUACCUUGCCUUCCUCCCAAAACCUUUUCUUGGAGGAGCUGCUGGGCAUCAGGAGAGACAUACUGUGGUCACACAAAAGGAGAGCACUUGCCUUGCCAGGCCCAUGGUCACUGCCUAUUAUAGGCAACUUCUUUCAGCUUGGAGAUCAAGCUCAUAUAUCUCUUACUGAGAUGAGGAAAAUAUAUGGAGAUGUCUUCCUCAUCAAAUUGGGCAUGAUGCCUGUUGUUGUUGUAAGUGGCUCUGACACAGUGAGAAAGGUUCUUGGUAAACAAGGAGAGCAUUUUGCAGACAGGCCAAAAUUCUAUUCUUUUUCCCUGCUGGCCAACGGACAAAGUAUGACUUUUUCAGAGAAGUACAGUGAGGCCUGGAAAAUACAUAAGAAGAUAAUGAAAAAUGCUUUAAGGUCUUUUUCAAAAGAAGAGGCCAGUUCAUCAAACUGCUCUUGUCGCCUUGAAGAAUAUAUUUCUGCUGAAGCAUCAGAGCUUGUUAACAGCAUGACUCAACUGUCAAAAAAGCAGGGAAGUUUCAACCCUCUCCCCCUUGUAACAAUUACCGUUGCUAAUGUUGUGUGUGCUUUGUGUUUUGGUAAGAGAUAUAACCAUCAUGACAAAGAGUUUCUCCAAAUCAUCGAACUCAAUGAUGACCUCCAAAGAUUGUCAGGGGCUGGACUUCUAGCAGAUUUUAUCCCAGUUUUCAAAUAUUUGCCAUCCUCCGCCUUAAAUGAACUGAAGAAAUUCAUAGGAGCUUUGAAUGAUUUCAUUGCUAAAUCUGUACAAGAUCACUAUGAGUCACAUGAUGAGAAUAAUAUCAGAGAUAUAACAGAUGCCCUGAUCCAGCUCUGCAGUAACAGAAACAAUGAGGAUAAACAUCACAAACUAACUGAUGAACAGAUCAUCAUCACUGUGAAUGACAUAUUUGGUGCAGGAUUUGACACCAUAUCCUCUGGACUACUGUGGUGUAUGCUAUACUUAUUGAAGUAUCCUGAGAUACAAGAUAAAAUUCACAAGGAAAUAGAUGAAAAUAUUGGAAUCAGCAGAUCACCAAGAUUUGACGAUAGAAAAGCUUUGCAUUACACAGAAGCAUUUAUCAAUGAAGUCAUGAGGCAUGCAUCAUUUGUACCAUUUACAAUUCCACACUGUACUACCAUGGACACAACACUGAAUGAUUACUUUCUUCCAAAAAAUACUUCAAUAUUUGUAAAUAUGUACCAAGUAAACCAUGACCCGACAGUAUGGAAAGAUGCUGACCUAUUCAUCCCAGAAAGGUUCCUUGAUGAAGCUGGACAUAUUGAUAAAAGCCGAGUAGAGAAGGUGUUAAUAUUUGGUAUGGGAGUCAGAAAAUGUGUUGGAGAGGAGGUGGCCCGGAAUGAAAUGUUUAUUAUUCUCACGUCUUUACUGCAACAACUCCAACUAAUGAAAGAGCCUGAACAAAUGGUGGACUUAACAUCUAUUUUUGGAUUGACUAUGAAACCAAAGCCAUUCAACCUCAAGAUUGAAAUGAGAGCAUAA